GAAAAUGAAAUGAAAACACAAAUCAAACAUAAAUUUCAAUUAUUCCCGUAUUUUUCUGUGUUCGUCAUUCAUUCAUUUAUAUGUUUGUGUGUGAAUAUUGUUAUUAUUCAUUUCAAUCGUAUGAACACCUGAAACAUACUAAAAGUUUAUUAGUUUUUUUUCAAACAAAUCCGAAUCAAUUUUUUUAAAAAAUUGUGCUAUUUUUUUCUGAAAUAAAAUUGUUUAUUUUCAAAUGAUCAACAAUGAUGAAUCCAUUAUUAUAUGCAUCGGCAGCACAACAAUUAUCCGACACUGUACGACAACAAAUGGAAAUAAUGCAGCAAAUUAAUUUACAAAAAAAUCAUAUUCAUCAUCAUACAAAUCAAAGUUUUCUAAAUGAAAUUCAACAACAACAACGUAUAAGCCAUAAAAAUGGCUUAUUUAUCGAUCCAUUUAUUACGGCUGGACAUGCAUACCCAACAUUAAUUUCAUCACAACAUCAACCAACACAACUACAAUCUUCACAUCAUCACCCUCAUUUGAAUCAACAUCAAUUGAAUGCAUCAUUAACAAAAUUGUCGGAAUUAGAAAAUGAAAUCAAAAAUAGUAUUGAAUUUGAUAAAAAUAAUGAUGAUAAAGAUGGUGAAAAUAAUGAUGUUAAACAGAUGUCCAAUCAAAAUACAGAUAUCGAUUCCGAUAUUGAUAUUGAUAACAUAAUCGAUGAAGAAGAAGAAGAAGAAGAUGAUGAUGAUGAAAAUGAUGAUAAUGAUGUGAGGGAUGAACAUGAUGAAAGUAAUGAUAAAUCGAUUAAAAAAUCUACAUCAUCGAAAACGAAUGUCAAAUCAACAAAAAAAUCAUCCACAGUCAAGCCACCAUUCUCUUAUAUUGCUCUUAUUACAAUGGCCAUUUUACAAUCUCCAGGAAAAAAAUUAACUCUUAAUGGUAUAUGUGAAUUCAUUAGAAAUCGUUUUCCAUAUUAUAAAGAAAAAUAUCCAAUGUGGCAGAAUAGUAUACGUCAUAAUCUUUCAUUAAAUGAUUGUUUUGUUAAAAUUCCACGUGAACCUGGCAAUCCGGGUAAAGGAAAUUAUUGGACCUUGGAUCCAGCAUCCGAAGAUAUGUUUGAGAAUGGAAGUUUUUUACGACGACGUAAACGUUUUAAACGACAACAUUUAGAUCUAUUACAGGCAUAUGGUGCCUGUCCUAUUGCUGCAUUUGGUCCAGCGGCUGCAGCAGCGGCAGCAGCCGCAAGUGUUGUUCAUGAUACGUAUCGACAACAUGCAAUAGCUGCGGCAGCUGCAGCAAUAUUAAGUGGAACAUCACCAACGACCAGAAAUAUUAAUCCACACCAUUCUCAACAUACAUUAAAUCCAUAUCAAACAAUAUUGAAUCAUAUGACGCCUAAUACAUUCCCAGCGACAAAUCAAACAUCAUCGAUAGAUUCAUUGGAUACAUUAUCUUCGUAUAAUAUGGCUAGAACAACAACUUUGCCACCUUUAUCAUCAUCAUCAGCAAAUAUUUUGAGUAGAAAUGAUAAUUAUAUUCUAAGUCAAAUUUCAAAUGCUCCUAACGCCUGUCCAUUAUCAUCAACAUCAUCAUCGUCAUCAUCAUCAUCGCCAUUAUCACAUUCAUCAUUAAAAAAUGCCUCAAAUCAUUCGAACAAUCAACAAAUUUCAAGUCCAUCCGGUGCAUUAACACCUAUUUCAUUGAAUGGUUCAUCAUGUUCACCCGGUUUAAAUGGUAAUAUCGAUUCAUCAUCAGUAACAAUUAAUAAUAAUAAGGAAAAAAAUCAUCGUACAAAAUUUACAAUCAAUGAUAUAAUUGGUAGUGAUGGAUCAAAUGAAUGUCAUGAAUCAACCAAUGUUAAAAGGCCAAGAAUUGACGAACAGUCAAAUAAUGAUCAAAUAAAAAAAUCAUCUGAUCAAGAAUCAGCCGGAUGUAUAUUAAGUCGUAUGGCAUCAAAACAUUAUCAAUAAAAUUACUCAAUCAGUUUCCAUAAUAAUCCCAAAGUGCCAAUUUUUUUUGUAUAACAAUCAUCAUCAUCACAAAUAUUGUAAUAAUAUUAAUAA